CAGACCAUCGUGCGAAGGAACAGCGUCUACGUAGGUUUCAUCCUGGUUGGGGCCUUUUUCGGCGAGCAAGCCGUGGACAAGGUCGGCAACUCCCUCUGGGAGUCCAACAACAAAGGGGUGAGUCAUGGCACAGGGACCAGGUUUGGCUGGCGGGCCUGA